AUGGUCUUGUGCGUGACACUUCAUCAUCUAAGACAACCUUCAUAUGACAUCUGCGCCAGAGCUGUAGUAGAAAAACGAUGUACAAGGUAAAACCCCAAGCCUGAAGCCUUUCAUUAUUCUUAUGAAAACAAAUAGUUAGUAACAAAGAUGGAAGUCUGAGGAAACCGACAUUCAGGCGGAAACAAAAUAACGCCUCCAGGACGACUUGUCCUUUUAAAACGCCCAAAAUGACUACGUUGCCUUCCGGAUGGAAACACAGUGUUAUAAUUCUUUACAACUAUUACAACACUCAUCAACAUAAUCCAUAUAAGUAGAUUUUAUGGCGAAAAAUGGAAUACAAAGCACAAUUUUAAUUUCUUGUGAUAAGGCUCUCUUUUUAGGAGAAAAAUCGCGAGGAGACGGUGAGGGGGAAAGGGGAUAGGAGGAGUUUUUCCUCCGUUUUAUUCGGUCAAAUUUAGUCCCAAAGAAGGCUUGGAUAUUCAAAGGCGAAUUAAUGAUCUUAAAAGGUGGAACGGCUAUCAGCAAGAAGCCAAAUCACUUCUUUAUUUGAUGAAAAAAAAUUUUUGGAAGGAGGCAAAAAUACGCUUCCAAUGAAAAAGACAUACUCGGUAUGAAUAGAAAAAUGCGAAACGGUGCUCGGUGAACAAAGUGCUUCCCUCUUUUGCCCUCUUUUGUUUUGAACAGGUAUGGCCUAAGGACCAAUAGCCUUAUGCUACUCGGCCUUUGCCUCGGUUGGAUUUUUGGCAUUCUUUCCUUCCAGGAUAAGGAUAAAGACGUAGUUUUUCAACUCUCUUUUGGACUUGUUAACGGUUUACAGGUUGGUAUUUUCUCCAAUAUUGUGUACAUACACAAAGUUAUUUCGCGAAUGAAUUCAUGAUGCAAUUUCAAACCAAAUGACGUCAUCACACCUGGUGAAAUAGAUUUGUCUCUAGGUUUCUGGUUUCUGGCCUUGCUUUUUUCACAUCAUAACUUGGGCAAUUGUGUCCUUUCUUUCCAACACUAAAGGCCAUGAAUUUGAUUUGUUACAAAAGUCUCUCCCUUUAUACUAACCUGAGAAAACAGCUGACACCACUGGUUUCCCGGCGAAAUGACGUCUGAGAAACAAGCGCAGAAAUUCCACACUGAUGACGCGUCACUACCCAGAUCUGGGUAGUGCUUCUGAUUGGUCAUACACUGAGGUAAAUUUGCUUCAGCCAAUCAGAAGCAUUACCCAGAUCUGGAUAGUGACACGUCAUCAGCAUGGAAUUUCUGCGCUCGUUUCUCAGACGUCAUUUCCCGGGAAAACCAGUGAUGGCGCUGUAAAUGUCGGCUUUUUUCGCAGGCUACCUUUAUGUUGACAAAUUAAUAUUUUUUAACUGCCAUAAUAUUUUCUUGUUUCCGUUCCAGGGGAUAUUUUUGUUCUUUUUUCACUGUGUUCUAAACAUUGACGUAAGUACAGCUUUCGUGUAAUGCCCUCUUCCUAGAAAGACCUCAGUAUGUUAAAUCUCGAAUUGUUUAAACUAAAAACAUAUAAGAUGGCCUACGGGUAUUCAGUAUGGCGUAAUAGGUUGCUAUAGCAGCACUUAAUCCAGUGUUAAACAUCCUUAAUUUUAGUUUUAACUUCUCAUUUUUCAUUGAAUUGUAAUUGGUAUGUUAAAUAAAUCUUUGUCGAAAAUCUUAGAGGUAGUUCAGAGCCACCUUCAUUUUUUCACGACUUAACUAGGUGUAAUUUAGCAUACCGUAAAAUUCCGAAAAUAAACCCCGGGGCUUAUAUUUUUCAAAGGCCCUUUUUGAGGGGCUUAUUUUUGGAGGGGCUUAUAUUCGGAGGGGCUUAUCUACGGGGGGAAAUUUGCGUUUCAAAAUCGAUUGGGCUAACCUUAUAGUUGGAAGUAAAUUUACCGCUUUUGCUUUGUUUUACUUUGUAUUUGAGGGCAAUUUUCCAAAUACAAGCCCACGGGAGCUUACAUUUGGAGGGGCGAUUUAACGGAGGGUUUUUUGCGUUACCGGUUUGGGGGGCUUAUAUUUGGAGGGGCUUAUACAUGGAGGGGAUUAUUUUCGGAACUUUAAGUUAUCUUUAACUUUAUUACCAGAUCAAAGCUUAUUACCAAUCAGGAGUUCAUCGCUGUAGCCAUGAAGAUGGCUGUUUGA